AUUUGUUAUUAACAAGAUAUAUGAUAACAUAUAUAAAUGAACCAAUCUUGAAUAUGUAAGUUAAUCUGAGACCAAAAAAAUCGCAAAAGUAAUUUAAAAUUUAAGAAUAAAUGUUACACUUUUUUUUUCUUUUAUUGACUUAAAAAUAUAUUUGUGAUCGAUCAAAUUAGUACGAAUACAGUUUUAGAUUUUCCAUCUUGUUUCUUAUUCCGAUCAUUUUAUUUUUUGAAUAAAUGAUUAAAUUGGUAAUCAAUCAAAUAAUUUUCUAUUCUUUUAUUGACAAUAACUUUUUUUAUAAGAUUUUUGUAAUCGAUCAAAUUAGUAAGAAUAUCAUUUUAUAUUUUCCUUUUUGUUUCUUAUUCCGAUCAUUUUUAUUCAUUUAAUUAAUAAAUGAUGGUCCAGUCAAUACUAAUAAAAAAAUUCCACCAUUGACCCAAAAUUUAAUUUGUUAUUAACAAGAUAUAUGAUAACAUAUAUAUAAAUGAACCAAUCUUGAAUAUGUAAGUUAAUCUGAGACCAAACAAUCGCAAAAGUAAUUUAAAAUUUAAGAAAAUGUAUAUAUUAUUGAAAGAAUCAUUUGAGAAAAGUUUAUCUCUUGUAUUAGUAUUAUAAAUAAGAUUGAUUGUGUAUUUUAGGUAAAAAAAAUUUAGAUUUUGAAACAAAUUUAAAUAAUGUGAUUUUUUCUUACAGAUAUAUGCAUAGUCCUAGGUCCUACCAUAAAUGAUUUAUGAAUUAUUUAUUUCUUAAAAUGAAAAGUUUAAAUAACAAGAAUAGAGUACACAUUAAAAUGUAAAGAAGACUAUCUUAAUAAUAUUUUUCUUCUAAUGGUAAGAAACUAAAUUUUUGUCUACUAUAUUGUGCCAAGGAUAGAAACUGUGAAAAAGUCAUACUUUCUCUUUCUCUCUCUCUUUUCUUCUGUUUUCUUUUCGUCGAGCGUGUAGGGUAGAUAUAGACUAAGAGUGCGUCUCUGCCUCUCACAAUAUAUAUAUAUGAUAUAUCACCAUUAAAUUCAAUAGCACACUUACUAAUCCUCUCUCCAACACUUUCAUUAACUCUCUCCUUUGAACGUACGCCUCUAAACCGCUUCGUAAAACCACCAACAGUUUUCCGACCAAACUCAUUGCCUAUUCUUCAUCGACAACGUACAUUUAAAGAGAGUGAUUAGACAAAGCUGGAGUGAGAAACGACGCUAACAAAGGAACCAUAAAGAUCUUCCAGAUUAUCCAAAGAAAAAAUAGCAAAAAUGUCUCAGCCCAACAUGGUACCAGUGGAGAUGAACAACAAUGUUGGAGACGGUAACAACAACAACAACAACAACAACGGAAACAACAUCACCACCACCAACAACGACAUGAAUGGGGGUAUUGUUUUGGGGGAUGAGGAAAUAGACAGUGCUAAUACAAGUGAGAAUCAAGAAGAUGGAAGCGAUCAUCAAGAUCCAGCACGUCCUAGUAAGAGAAAACGUUAUCAUCGUCACACCAAACAUCAAAUCCAGGAAUUGGAAAAUUUCUUCAAAGAGUGUCCUCAUCCAGAUGACACGCAAAGGAAAGAGCUUAGCCGUCAGCUGGGAUUAGACCAUCAUCAGAUCAAAUUCUGGUUCCAGAACAAACGCACCCAAAUAAAGAAUCAUCAAGAACGCCAUGAGAACUCACAACUUCGGGCAGAGAACGAUAGGCUUAGAGCCGAAAACCACCAAUGUCGAGCAUCUAUUGCUAAGGCCAUAUGUCAUAGGUGUGGAGGUAAAACCGCAAUUGGUGAAAUGUCUUUCGAGGAACAUCAUCUUCUCCUCGAAAAUACUAAGUUAGCUGAAGAGAUCCGUCAAUUAUCUUUGGUGAUGCCCAAGUGUACAGGCAAGCCUGUAAUGAACUAUACCCUUACUCCUCCUGUUCCAGCUCGACCUUUGGAAGAGAUAGCAUCUAAUAGAAGAGAAGUCUAUGGAAGUAUCGGAAACGUCCCGGGGUCAGCACUUAGAGUGAAAGAUGGCGAUAAGCCGUUGAUCAUAGAGUUAGCAGAGUUAGCCAUGAAGGAGCUAAUGGCGAUGGCUCGACUGGAUGAACCGCUGUGGGACAUAGGAGCUAAUGGCACGAGCUUAGCUUUAAACUUGAAUGAAUACACAAGAAUAUUUCGGAACGGACUCGGGCCUAUACUGAAUGGGCUUAGAACCGAGGCAUCCAAGGCAACCUCAAUCGCGUUCAUGAACCAUCUAGACAUUGUUCAAAGUCUAAUGGAUGUGAAUCUUUGGUCGAACAUGUUUGCUAGAAUGGUUGCUAGAGCCAUGAGUCAUGACGCUCUCUUGACUGGAGUCCAAGGAAACUUUGACGGAGCGUUCCAUCUGAUGACUGCUGAAUACCAAGUUCUUUCGCCAGUAGUCUCAACCCGAGAAUGCUACUUCGUCCGCCACUGUAAGCAGCAAGGUGACGGUAUAUGGGCGGUGGUCGAUGUUUCUAUCGACCAUCUCUUUCCAAACCUUGAACUUAAAUGUCGGAGACGGCCCUCUGGAUGUUUGAUUCAGCAAAUUGAAAAUGGAUUCUGCAAGGUUACUUGGGUUGAGCAUGUGGAGGUAGAUGACAGAGAAGUACACCCCUUGUAUAAGUCCUUAAUCAGCUCUGGUCAAGCUUUAAGUGCUGAACGUUGGGUUGAAACAUUGGAGCGCCAGUGCGAGCGUUUAGCCUACAUCAUGUCUCCAAAUGUUCCAUCCAUAGAACCGGAUGGUCUAAUAAUGAUAACGAACAAUGCAAAGCAGAGCCUUCUGAAGAUAGCUGAGAGGAUGACAAGAAGCUUCCUCUCUGGAGUGGCUACUUCAAAUGGAGAUAUAUGGUUUGGAUUGUCUGGUAAUGGAGGAAAUACUGUCAGAGCGAUGACUCGAAAGAGCUUGAAUGAUCCAGGAAGGCCUGUAGGGGUCAUUCUCUAUGCAUCCACUUCGUUUUGGCUACCGGUUCCUCCUAAGACUGUCUUUGACUUCCUCAGAGAUGCCAACAAUCGAACCAAUUGGGAUGUUAUCACAACCGGAGGGGAAGGUUUACAGUUGAUGUCACAGAUUGGAAAUGGGAGAGACAGUAGGAACUGUGUAUCUUUACUCCGGACCCCAAACACUAGCCAGAAAAAGAUGAUGAUGAUCCAAGAGACCUCUACUGACCCAACCGCUUCAUUUGUGAUCUACGCACCUCUUGAUGUAACAUUGACAGAGAAUGUUCUCAUGGGAGGUGACCCUGGCAAUGUGUCACUACUUCCAAUGGGUUUUGCUAUUCUUCCUGAUGGUACGGCUCAGCCUGGAAGAGAAGGAGGGUCACUAGUGAGUACUGCCUUUCAGGUUCUGGCUGAAAAAGAUCCUUCGACUAUGCUGUCUUUUAGCUCUCUUGCAACCACUGAGAAUCUGAUUUUAACAACCGCGAAUAAGAUCAGAGCUUACUUUAGUCAGCAGACUGUUUGAAAGGGGAUGCAGAGGAGUAAAUCAAUGGGAGGAGUCAAGAAUGAACCUGAGAAGAAGCCAUGCUUGGUUUUUCUGUUGAAUGUUACUUCCUUGUGAACUUUUGCUAAGACAAUUGUUAUUUCAGUUUUUGUGUGUUUUGUUUCAUUGUUAUUGUUGGAACCUUAUCAAACUCAUUUCUCUAUUUGUGUUUCAAAUAUGUUUUUUUUGAACUUUUUCUGAUGGCUUUUGAUCUUUUUUGUGGUCUUGAUAAUUUUGCAUAUGUGUUUUUGUUUCGCUGAUGUUUUUUGUGUGUUUUAUUUCAGUGUUUAUGUGUGUUUUAUUUCAUUGAUCUUUUUUUUUGUGAUCUUGCUUACAUGUUAGCUCAUAAGUAAUUACAAUACAACUUGCCUUUCUACAAAGUGGAGUCUACUCAUCAACUUUGUCGUACCUCAGAAUCACCUUGAAGUUCC